CUCUCGCCUUGCACCGGCCGGUGCGGAGCGGGACCGGGGCACCUGUGCCCGGCGGCUCCGCGCAGGUGGUGGCCGGGGGCCGGCGCGGGGCGGCCGCAGACCCCGCCGUGCAUGAGCGACGGGGCGCAGCCGCCGGCGGUGGCUCUGCCCGUGCCCCAGAGUGAGGCGCUUCCCGCCCGCCUGCCAUUGUGGUGCAGCCCUCGCACUUGGCCGGGGAUAUUCCUUAUAGUUAUUCAUAUCCAGGGCCCAGUGUAUAAUGGGGAGAAAACUGGACCUUUCUGGCUUGACUGAUGAAGAAGCAGAGCAUGUGCUCCAGGUGGUUCAGCGAGAUUUCAGCCUUCGUAAGAAAGAAGAGGAAAGGCUGAGUGAAAUGAAGCAGAAGUUGGAUGAAGAGGGUAACAAGUGCAGCAUCCUUUCCAAGCAGCAGAAGUUCAAUGAGCACUGCUGCAUUCGCUGCUGUUCUCCUUUCACAUUUCUUAUCAACAGCAAGCGACAGUGCCAGGACUGCAAGUACAACAUCUGCAAGAGCUGCAGCACUUACCAGAAGAAGGAGAAGGCUUGGAUUUGCAGUGUCUGUCAGCAAGCAAGGCUCUUAAGGACCCAGUCUCUGGAUUGGUACUAUAAUAAUGUUAAAAGCCGCUUUAAGUGUUUUGGGAGUGCCAAGGUCCUGAAGAACUUAUACAGGAAGCAUAGACUGGAGAGUGGACUUUGUCCUGAUACAAUAGCAGAAGGAAGUUUGUAUGAAGGAAGCUUUGAGAAUGAAGGAAGCAUUUGUGGCAGUGACUCUACCUUCUACCAACAGACAGAAGGACACAGCAUGAUGGAUACCCUUGCUGUGGCCUUACGUGUUGCAGAGGAAGCAGUGGAAGAAGCUAUUUCUAAGGCAGAGACCUACAGUGACAGCCUGGACAAGCAGAAUGAAGCUUGUUACUUGCAGGAGCACAAGGAGGACCUCAUAGAAGAGCUGGCCACAACCAUUGUGCAGAAGAUUAUAAAGAAGCAGAAAAGCAAAUCCGAGCAGGCGGAGGCUGACUUGGAAUGGCCGCCGUCGCGGAGCAGCGGCCUGGCGUCCGGCGCCGUCUCAGACCAGAGCAUGCUGACGUUCCCAGGGAGCCGCAGGGGCUCCUACACCUUGUGGAGGUCUCAGUCUGCAUUCUCCCUGGCUAGUGAAGAUAUGGCCAGUAAAGGACAAGACCCUGCAUCAUCUGUGGCCGAGGCUCUUGGGAGGCAGCAAAAGGGACAGCCCAGGAAGCAGAAGGAACGCAAGCGCUCUGCUUUACCCAGCUGGAAGAGUGUAGACAGGCUAAAUGAAACAAGUGACCAAGCGCUGGAGCAGGUUGCCCAGAGAUGCUGUGGAGUCCCCUUCUCUGAAGAUAUUCAAGAACCUGGAUGCAAUCCUGUGCCAUGUGCAGGUCCGCCUUCUGUUUUCCAAAGCACCGAUGGAAACUGGGUGGCUUUGCAGAAUGUCACCCUGCCUCGUCCUCGAAUGCUCGCCAAACCAAAGAGUCAGGUGUUCAAAGCUUUGGAGAACGAGUCCAGCAUCGUGUCUGCCUAUGAUGAGAUGGGCUCGGACAGCGAGGAUGACUAUGACUGGAACGUGGCCUUGAACAAGCUGCGGCGGAGACCCCGGCAAUUGCCAGAUGACUUCUAUUACUCCAACUCCCAGUAUGGCACUGAGUGGGUUUAUGGCAAUGAUCAGUAUCAGGCAGUGACCUCCCCCUCCUCUGGGUUAUACACCAACACUGAGACACUGUUCUCCGAUUCGGAAACAUCUUCAGUAAACUCUUCCCAGGAAGCUAAAGGACCUAGCAAACUUCUCUGGUUGCAAAGCAGAACUCAAAGUGAUAUGCCCAGGAUGGAAAAGAAGCACUUCCAUGGAGAGCUAGAUGUAAAUUUCAAUCCACAGGCAACUAGCUUGGAGUAUUCAGACAGCAGUGAGACUGAAGGAGUCCAUUAUGAUUUAGAAAAGAGAUCAAGAAGGUGGAAGAAGAACAAAGCUGUUUCUGAAGACUUGUGUGAAGAAAAGAAUCAGGCAAAAGCCAACAAGAUGAAUUUAAGUCAGGAUUUUGAUGAUUUAUCAGAAACAGAUAUAAGCAAUGAGGAUCAGCACCAUGAUGUCAAGCCUGAACUUAUGGAGGAUGAGCUUAAAUCCAGGUUAUUUCAGCUUGCUGCUAAAAUGAGUGACAAGGAAACAUCAUCUGGUGAAGAACAAGAGUCAGAACCUGGAGUAGAUCUGGAAAACCAGAAGGAGAGUUUGUCCUCGGAGGAAAAUGGCAGAAGUAUCCAGGAAGAGUUAAAGAAGAAGUACUCUGCUGUCUCUCUCUGCAACAUAUCUACAGAAGUCCUGAAAGUCAUCAAUGCCACUGAAGAACUGAUCGCAGAAUCCACCAAUCCCUGCAACUUCCCAGACAACAUUCAGGACAGAGGGAGAGGAGCCCUCCCGCUGGGCACAGAUCCUGUCAGACUCGAUGAGCAGCUCACCACACUGGAAGAAAAUGUGUACCUGACAGCCAGCACGGUGUAUGGGCUGGAGGGGCAGCUGACCAACCUGGAAGAUGCCGCACGCAAGAUCAACAGUGUUACUGAGGAAUCUGAGCUGGCUGAUCUGGAGGAUCAGGUGGCCACAGCAGCUGCCCAGGUUCAUCAUGCAGAGCUUCAGAUUUCAGAUAUUGAGAGCAGAAUAUCAGCUCUCACUGUUGCAGGCUUGAACGUGGCUCCCUGUGUUCGCCUGACAAGGAAACGGGAUCAAAAGCAAACAAACCAGAUGCACACAAUAGACACAUCAAGACAGCAGAGGAGAAAACUUCCAGCUCCACCAAUAAAAGGUGAAAAAAUAGAUGGCUCUCCAGUUACCACUGUCAGAACGUUUAACAGAAACUUCAUGCUUCAAGGAUCUCUAACACAAAGAACUAAAGAAAGGAAAAGCACUGCCAAGGACUUAAUGGAACCUGCUAUAGGAUCUGCUGUGAUGUACUAAACUUACUCUUCCCUACUGCCAAUAACACACUGCCUAAGGCUGUACACUAGAGUGCCUUUUCUUAACAGCCAUUGUGUAUGUCCAGCUGAAAAUGGACCCUCAAGAACCCACAGAGCCUCAGCUAUAGGGCUUCAUUUGGAUACCUCACUGAGAAAGCUGUCCAAGUCUUCAGCAUUGUGGUCCGCUACAGGAAACUCUGCCUUAAAGUUCUCAGAGGACUCUAGACAGGAUGCUAUGUUUCAAAAGCAAGGCUCCACAUUUUAAGAUGCACUUUUUCUCCCUAUCGAUUGUACUAAAGUAUGUAGUCUUUAAACUGCAGUAUGUUUUUGUACACUCAAUCAGUCAUAAUUAUAGGCCAAUUAAUCUGCCAAAGCAGACCUGUGAUCCAUAUUUGCUGGCCUCUUACUAUUCAUGUGGGCAUCUGUCUUGUCGAGCAAUAAGAACAACUCUGUGCAGUGUGUGCUGCUUUUCAGCUGCGUGGAGGGAGAGGAGAAUUUGUGUGCCUCACUCUGCUCCCAGGGAGUCAGUGGAAGUCUUGGGAGGGUUGGUAGGAGGAGGAAGACUUCUCUGUUCUCUGAGAGUACAUCUCGCAGAUUGUAUGUACCAGCUCCAGAGCUAGGGAUAUUGCUCUAGGCAGCAGGGGUGUCAUGCUGAACCAGGAACUGGUGGCCACACAUGUGGACCAGAUGUCUGCUGAGUUGGGAUCCCAGUGUCUGGAAACAUCUGAACACUGUUAAACCAACACCUUCAUAUAUGUCUUGUUCUUGGCAGCAUUGUCCUCUUGGUGGUGGCCAACCGUGCUGUAGUUCAGAAUAAAUUGUGUACAAACCUUUAAGACUGGAAAAAAGAGGUGAAAGUGUUGGGGAUGAGAUCUCUGCUGACUGACUGGUGGUUGUGGGGUGGCUGCAGCUUGCAAGAGAUUCCUUUCUGAUAUUCACUGGUGUUUCUGAGAAGGAGGCAAAUGUAGCCUAGACAUCAGUCCCUAUACUAGUCUGGAGCCACCAGAGAGUAGCUGGGGCCUUUUGCUGGUGCCACAGAGACUCCACUAUUACUGGACCACUCUGAAUUGGAUUGUGAAUAGUAAUAUUCUUUCUUUCAUUUCUUGAGACCCUUAACAGGUGAGUCAAACUAGAAGGCCCUUUGGCAGAUGCCCAAGGAGGGAGGAUGCUGCUUACAGGGUGUCCCUCUCACCCUUUUGUGGGAGAACAUUGCCAAUUUGUGGGUUUUUUUGCUCUGAAGAAUACAAAGAAGGUAGUCAGAGGAGGUGAUAAGCCAGUGAAUCCCUUACCUUCCACACCAGUUGCAGAGCAGGUACCCAAGUGCAGAUGAGGUUGAUGUGAAAUGUGCUAUGAAGGAAAGCAUGGGCUGGCAAGUUCCCCUCAGCAUUAAGGAGUGGUGAGCUCUCCCAAGAGCUGUGGGAAGGAGGAGAGUUCCUUCAUUCCCUGGGCUCCCAGUGAACACCCAGGAGCAGAGCACUACGUUACCUGCCAUGCAGCAGGAAAGCAGUUCUGGGACACCAGGCCAUGAAAUGUCUGUGGCUAGGCAAAUAGCAGCAAAACUGGGCAAAUUUCCUGAUUGGAUGGAUUUCAGGGGGUGAGUGGGGAAGACAAGGAAUGGCUGGAUGGGUUGAUUGGAAAGACAGUGCCAGUUGCAAAUCUGCCAUCCACAUUUGACAUCUAGCUUGUCAGUACUCUGGUGUCCAGCUGCAUGUAAGGAACCCUUGGAAUAAAUACAACCAUCUUCCCACUUACAAUACAUAAGUGUGACUCCAUUCCUUCAAGGAAUUUUCAUCUGCCCAAGAUCUGACCCAAUGUCCUCAUUCUGGGUGAAAUUAGGCCUUCUUUUACUCUCACACUAGUUCUCUGAAAUUGGUUUGCACAGAUGUGAGGGAAGAAUUUGGCCCACUCUGUUUAAUAUAUAAAUAUAUAUAUAAAACAAAUAGAUUUUAUUUAUAUAUGCAAUCCAGUAAAGGAAAUUAAACAGAGUAGGAUGCCUAGUAAUUUUUUUGUUUUUCAGUCUCCUCCUCCAUUGACUGUUCUUGUGUAUGUAUACAAUACAUUCCCAGGUUCUGGUUUAUGCAGGUAUGCGUGUUAUGAAAUGUCUUUAAUGGUGGUUGGUCUGCAUAUUCGUCUAAUAAAUAAUAACUAAUAUUGUGUAUGUAAUAUUAAUACAGAAAUGACUAAUUUUAAUAGAAUAACUCUCUGGCUUUUGUUCUGUUAGUGUGAUUUAAACAAGCCAACAAAGUUUGGAGUAGGUUGUUUUCCUUAAGAGGCAUGAAACGCAACUAUUAUCGUGUUACAAUGUUAAAAUAUUCAGUCUUCUUUGACAGACAAAUGUGUACUGUGUAGGCAUUGCAAAAAAAAAAAAAAACCUUAAAAAAAAAUUCCACUUGCUCUAAGCAUUUGAAUUUUUACAAAUGUUUAUCGUGCCAAAUACGUGCAAAGAUAUAAUUUACUGUUUUAAAAAAAUCAUAAAAGCAUAUGUUAUAGCACACAAAGAAUUAUUUUGUCAUCAGGUGAUUUCAAUCUUUAGUGUUAAUAUUUAUAUUUAGAUUAAUUUUUAUAAAUGAAAAUAUUUUAAUGGGUAAAAUGAAGACUAUAUGACCUAUUUGAUUAAGUCUGAGUGAAUAUUAAGCUUGCCUUGUUGUUGUUAUCUGCAUACUCAUCAAGAAUUACUGUCAAGAGAAAUUAUAAAAGAGUAAAAGCAAUUUAUGAAAAUAA